AUGGCGUUUGCUGUGACAAAUAUCAGUUUGUCCCAGCCGGAUAUCACGCAGAAACUAACGGAGCGCAUAGACGACCUGAAGCAAAAGAUUGCCGCUUGGGGGAAGCGGAUUCGCCGAUUUACCGAGAGGUCAAGGCGGUUCAACCAGAAUCGUCUCUUCCAGAGUGAUCAGAAGAGGCUCUACAAAUCAUUGGAGCGACCAGAGGUAUGUGGAGCGGGCCCAGGACCGGAUCAGGCUAACACUGUCGCAUUUUGGCGUGGCCUGUGGUCAGAGCCCGUAAACCACAGCGAGGGCCCUUGGACGGAAGUUGUGGCGAGUCAGUGUGCGAGUAUUACGCCCAUGGACCCCGUCAUCAUAACGCCGGAUGACGUAGCUGAGGCGGUCCGUAGAGCCCCGAACUGGAAAAGUCCGGGACUCGACGGACUGCAUCACUACUGGCUGAAGGGGUUCAUGGUGUGUCACGCUGUGCUCGCCCGUCAGUUUCAAGAGGCUCUCAACCAGAAGUCGCUCCCUAGCCUCUUCACUACUGGGAUCACUCAUUUUGUUCCUAAAGACCAGAAAUUGCUUAAAAAUCAGAUCAGUAAAGCGAUUGCUAUACUUUCGAAAUGUCAUAGUUCAACAUUAACGUUCUUAUUUCCUUGCUAUAAAGAGGGACAAGUUGAGGAAUGA